GAAACAGCAGAUGAGGAAACAGCUCUCUCUGUUUUGCACCUCCAGAAGAAUCCUUUUUCUGCUCGAAGCGUGCCGAGCGCUGAUUGGCCCCCGCGCGCUCUUCUAGAUCUUUCUCUCAUGUGCAUUGAUUGCGAAAAUUAGCCAGGACACAUAUUUAAACCAUCUCAGCACUGGUUCUUUUCUGUUUCCACCACAAACAAUCCCUUUGAUUUAAUUUCAAUCACUCAAACUUCUUUUGACUACUUCUUGUACUCUCUCCAAUAUAGUUUAAUCUGAUAACAAUGACCACAACUGUUUAUCCUGAAGUUUUAUGGGCUCAACGUUCAAAUGCUGAGGUCGAUGAAAAGAAUCUUUUAUUUAUAAGAGUGAAUGUUCCUGAUCCAAUUGAUGUGAAGAUUAAAUUGACAUCCACUUCCCUAAAAUUUGAGAGUGACUCAGAGUAUAACAAACAGUCAGUCUAUAAAUUCGACCUUGAAUUUUUCAAAGAGAUUGUUGAUGAUGACAAUAGUAAAUCAUACUACUUCAUAACCGGAUCACAUAUUGAUUUUGUUUUAAGAAAGAAAGAAAAACAAGAAGAAUAUUGGCCAAGAUUGACCAAACAGAAAGUAAAAUUGCACUACUUGAAGACUGAUUUCAAUAAAUGGGUUGAUGAGGAUGAACAAGAAGAACAAGCUGAAAACGAUCCAACGGACUUAUCUCAACCCUUGGGAGGCAUGGAUGGCAUGAAUCCCUUAGCAGGAAUGGGUGGUAUGCCAGGUAUGCCAGGAAUGCCAGGAAUGGGUGGUAUGCCAGGUAUGGGCGAUUUUGAUUUCAGUAAACUCGCCAACAUGGCUGAUGCAGCCAGUUUAAAUAGCACUACUGGUGGAACUACUGCUCCAAAUGCAGAUGAUUUUAGCUCCUCUGAUGAUGAAAAAGAAGUAUCAAAACCAACAAAAGCCGAGGCAGAUUUAAAGCCAUCUACUGAAACAAGUAAGAAAUGAAGCUCAUCACCAUAUAAUUGAUAAUUUAUAUCUUUGAUUAAAAAUUUCUAUUAUAUUUUAGUAUUUCUUGUUUUUAUUUUUUUAUUUUAAUUUUUUUUUUCUUAUUUUUUUGCAUGUUAGCAUAUUCUUUUUUUAUUUCUAAAAAAAAUUAAAUUAAAGAACAUAUUGCUAUCGAAGAAAAAAAAAUAAAAAUAAAUAAAUAAAGAUAAAUAAAACUACUAUAUAAA